ACAGUGCACGAGAGCGCUGCUUUGAACGGUGACUUCCACAGGCGAGGCAGCUCUCAAACCCUUCUCCAUUGCCGUUUGCCCACAACCCAUUGGUGGCAACUCCAGCGCUGGCCGGGAACCCUGGGCGAGGAGCAGCCUGGCGGGACGGUGCCGUCCAUCCUUAUGGGGAGAUGUGGCUGGGCACCUGGCCGGGGGUCCACAAAUAACCCCGAGUCCCGGAGGCGACCGCCAAUGCCUUGGUACGCCAGGGCCCUGCCGCGGUUCCUUCGCUAAGCUGUGACCCACCGCGGCAGAGAUGUCACCCCUCCAGGGUGCGGAGGAAGGGGAUGGCACCCUGCAGGAAGCCACCAAACCCCAAACCCUGCCCACGCACCCCACGCUCCGAAGGGGUGAUGCUCAGGGAGCGGCGAUGCUCCGGGGGCAGAGGGGGAUGCGGGUGCUGCCGGCAGCCCGGUCCUGCCCCGCGGCUGGGGUCUGCCGUCCUGCUCCCGGCCCCACACGGGGACGGGGACGCUUCUCCGUGCGCCCCACCCGCGCUGUGGCAGUGGGCUCAGCCGCACCCACGCCUCCCUAAGGGCUCUCCCCGCACGGGACGGCUUCUGCGGGACCCUCCCGGUGCCCGGCGGGAGCGGGGCCCCAGGCACGGCCGAGGGGCUCCGCCGGGAGGUGAGGAGCCGGGAGAAGCGGCGGGGCCAGGCCGCUGGGCUGCGGCCGCGACCGUCCGGCUCACAGCCCGGCUCCGGAGGGGGGCGGCCGGGCAGCCGCAACAGGCGCGGCCCCGGACCCGGCCGCUCCGCCCGGGCCCCGCUGGAGGCCGAACCGGCGGUACCCUCCGCCCCGCCGGGACUCGGGGGCGGCCGCCGUCCCCGCCGCGCAGCCCCGGGGCCGCCCCCCCCCCGCUCCCCGCCCGGCCCCGGCUGAGCCCGCGAGGCUCCGGGCCGCGGCCCAGCGCAGGCCGAGAGGCGCCGCCCGCCUGCCCCAGGCCCAGCCCGGCCCGGCCCGGCGCGGCGCACAAAGAGCCCCGGCCCGCCCCCCCCUUACCGGCGGUCGGCGCCGCGCUGCGGGGGCGGCGGCGGCAGGCACCAGUCACGCCGGGAACCAUGGAAAGGAGCCGGGACGGGAGACAGACCAGGGUGAGACCGCGAACAGCAGCAGGUCAGGGCCUCCGCUUCCCUCGUAGCUCUCCAAACCUUUCUGGACACGCUGCGGGAGGAACACCGCACCUCCGGGCACCCGCGGCCGGCCUCCGGCAGCACCCUGCCACAGCCAGACCGGCUCGGAAGCACAUCUGUGGGUGCCAGACCCCGAGCACGCGUUCGGGAUGGUCCAACGCUCUCACCGGAUGGCUCUCCAUGCAGAGAUUUUUUUUGCCCGCUCAAUCGUUUCAUCCGUGUCUGGCAGCUAAGCGAUCCUUAGCCUGGGUAAAAAUCUGUAAGGCUUUGACAAGGAACACAGACAUCAGUAAGAGUGAAAACAUUAGAGGCAAACCUUCGGCUUUCGGUGUGUACGUGUGCCACAACAUUUGCUUUGCCAAAGUUAAACGCAGAUCAGCAUCUUUUCUGUGACACAGCGCCUUGCAGCGAGCUUUGUUGACUGCAAUCUCUUUUCCUAAUCCAGGCUUGUUUCAGGGGAAACAGGUGAUUUUAUCAAAUUUCUUUACUGUCCUUUGAUAUGGGUCUUAGCUGCUAGUGACGCUAGAAGUAAAAAGAAAUGGGAAUAGAAAUACACAACUAUGAAGAAUUAAAAUAGUGAAUUUAAUUCAGCCAGUUCCAACGAAAUUGAUAAUUCCCUGGAAAACAAACCUUGCACAGAAAACACAGAACACAAAUGUUUUUGUCUUGACAGCUGGUGAGAACAACUAAGUGAAAAGGUGAAUGGAGUAUUUCUGCCUUCUCUGAAAAACAAAAGCUGCCAUACAUUCUGAAAAUGCCCCGUGGUUUUUUACUAUAUGGGUUGAUUCUGGAGGUACCUAUUGGAAACGCUUUGCAAGGAAAGCAAAUGUCUACAGUCUGACGCAACCGGUAAUUUCAGAUGCCCAUGUUGAAAUGUUUUACAAUAAAUGACUGGUUUUCAAAAAGCGUUUAUGCUUCCUUAAAGAAAAACCCAGGGCUUUUAAAAAUGGCUGAAAUUAGCCCAGAAACCUGAAGAACAGUAACAAAAAAAAAAUCUAUUCUUUUUAAAAAUCGUAAGCCCAGCUUUCCCAGCGGUCUUUACUUGGGCUUCAGGGAGAUGCAAUGUACGACAAAAUUAAUUUAACAUUGAGCGUCUCGCCAGCCAGCGAUGAGGGAGCUAGCUGGACAGCCUGGCUCAGUUUCUCUUAGCACUGAAAUACUUUUUCCACAGCAAUACCAAAAAAGGUUUGUUUCUAGGUCAGGACCUCAGAACUAAAUUUUAACCAGGGGCUGACAGUCAAAUCUGAACACAGCUGUAAAAUGGAUUCACGAUAGAGGCUCAGGCAUUCUUUUUCUAAUUAGAAAACAGUCACUGAGCCUUGUGCGUUUAAAGGUGAAAGCUAUUUUUGACAUAAAAAUUAGCACAUAGUUCCUCUGUCAUCCUUCAGUUGCUGCUCUGGAAGCUGUGAGCGAAUGAUCCAAAGAUAAGAAGUAUAAACACGCUGAAUUAAACGAAUAGGUAGAAGGGGAUCGAGUUUUAAGUUUCAUCCCGCCUGACAAUUAGGAGAGGAAGAGAUUUAUUUUUACACUUACUAUUUAUCCUAAAAAGCAGCAGUUAAAAGGUCCACUUAAGCACUGAGACAGACCUCAAAGGCAUUUAAAAACUAGAAGUGCUUUUAAUAGCUGCCUUUUGAAAAUACUGCUAAAUCUAUUUUUGAGAUGGAUAAACUAAGCCACCAAUAAAGCGAGGCAGGAGUUUUCGGAAAAACUGCAGUCUGCUUCUCAACAACUCAGCUCCCAUACUGGGACCCUAAGUGGUGAGAUAAAAUAAUAGCCGGGUACUGGAUAUUACUGAGCGUUCCUUAAAUCCGAAUUUUCCUUCCUUCUUUCUUUGGUGGGAAUCUAACCCCGACAGCCUCAAAAACUAACCCCAGGCAGUUUUCAACAUAUGGCUCAGAGCGACUGUUUCUAAAAUAAAAGUGAGCGAAGAGCGAGCAGAACUUGGAGCGCUUAUCGCCACCAGUAAUGCCGCCGACUAAUCCCUCGGCAGCCCCGGCCCCUUUAUGUAACCUGGGUUUGCCACAGCUCAAACAGCUUAUUGGGUUUUUGGUGGUUUUCUUUAAACCUCUCGUGGACAAAUGCAAACACAUUAAAUACUUUUUUUUUUUUCUUCUGCCACUCUAAAGAAAAAGUUAUU